AUGAACCCCAGUUCCAACUGGUCCCAAUAAAAACCCUAACCCUAAAAUCAGAAAAACAAGGCCCCUCCUCGUAGUGGCCUAAACCCCUGUUUUCCCAUUGUUUUGUGUUUUCGAAAUAUACAGAAAGCCCCCAUUUUUUUAAACAUCCUAACCCUUUUUGCAGAAUCCAUUGUUUCUAAUUUAACAUGGGUCUGAAAGGCUUUGUAGAAGGUGGGAUCGCCUCCAUUGUGGCGGGGUGCUCCACCCACCCUCUGGACCUCAUCAAGGUCCGAAUGCAGCUCCAAGGCGAGGCCCCAUCGGCCGCCCGCCAGGCUGCGACCAUCGCCGCCCGCCAGCCUGCCCUUGCCUUCACCACCCCGAACAUAGCCACCGUUGCGGCUGUUGCCCCGCCACGCCCUGGGCCCAUCUCUGUUGGCCUCCAAAUCAUCCGUCAGGAGGGUGCUGCAGCCCUCUUCACCGGCGUCUCGGCCACCAUGCUCCGCCAGACGCUUUAUUCCACCACUCGCAUGGGCCUCUACGAUGCAAUGAAGCAGAGCUGGUCUGAUCCCAAAACAGGCCGCCUGCCCUUAGCCAAGAAGAUUACAGCCGGCCUCAUUGCAGGUGGCAUUGGCGCUGCGAUUGGGAACCCGGCUGAUGUUGCAAUGGUCCGCAUGCAGGCCGACGGCCGCCUCCCCCUAGCGCAGCGCCGAAACUACCGCGGCGUGGGUGAUGCCAUCUCCCAAAUGGUCCGUGGCGAGGGCAUCACCGCCCUGUGGCGCGGCUCCUCCCUCACCGUGCAACGUGCCAUGAUCGUGACUGCCUCGCAAUUGGCAACCUACGAUCAGGCGAAGGAAGCCAUCAUUGGGAACGGAUUGAUGAGCGACGGCCUGGGAACGCACGUGGUGGCGAGUUUUACAGCCGGGUUUGUGGCCGCUGUCGCGUCGAAUCCGGUGGACGUCAUAAAGACGCGGGUGAUGAAUAUGAGGGUGGUGGAGGGGGAGGCGCCGCCCUACGCUGGGGCGCUCGAUUGCGCGGUGAAGACGGUUAGGGCUGAGGGGCCGAUGGCCCUUUACAAGGGGUUUAUACCCACCAUUUCGAGACAGGGGCCGUUCACUGUGGUGCUCUUCGUGACGCUUGAGCAGGUCAGGAAGGUGCUCAAAGACUUCUGAGCUCCACAACCAUGGCGCUCUCUCUUGAUUAUGAUAAUGACGAAAAGGAACAAUAAAAUUAUUAUUAAUUUUGUUUUUAUUCAUAUUCUUAUUUCUAUUUUACAUGGAUAUUGAGAAAUUGGGUUACGUAGUUGGACUCUGUUACAAGAUUUUUACAUAACGCGAAUAUAAUUAUUUUUUAUGUACCUCUCCUUAUUCCAAUUUUGAUGAUCGCGUUCUAAACC